ACCUGUUUGUCGUCGAUGAAUUCUCUGUCAUUCUGUCAAUCGUUGAGUGUAAGCUUAGAUCGAUAUAGGUGAUCUCUGCUGUGAGUUAAGUGUAUUGAAUGUACUGAUUUUUUUCUAAAGUUUAAGAUGCGUUUGGUAACAUGGCUUUACAUUAUAGUAUUUUUCACCGUUUCUAUUGUAAAUAUAUUAGCAGAAUCAUCAGAAAACCUUAAAGUUGACCUCUCCAAUAGAAAUAUGGAUAAUAAGGAAUUUUUUAAAAAUUAUCAACGUCAAAUUGAUGUACAGAAUAUAAAGGAAUUAAAUCUCAGUGGAAAUGCUUUAAACAGCUUCGUAGACUGUGCAACAACUUUACAUAGUUUAGAGGUUUUAGACCUUUCACGAAAUUCUUUGGAUAAGUUUUAUUUUCUUUGCAAAGAUGAAACAUAUAUUCUAAGAUUCUUAAAUGUCAGUCACAACCAACUUGAAUAUAUUGAUGAACGUACCUUGAAUAAUAAAACUGUUAAAUUAGAGACGCUGGACGUUUCUUGGAAUUUAUUAAGUGGAUUGAACGAUACGAUGUUUCAACAUAUGGAGGUAUUGGAAAAGUUAUAUCUAUCACACAACCCAAUAGGCGACAAUAUGGAUGAAUUUGUAUUUGAAAAUUUGACUACUUUAAAGCAUUUAGAAUUAAAAAAUAUAUCUGUAUCCUUUUUUUAUACAAAAAUGUUUGAGAAUUUAUUAAAACUAGUAUUUCUAGAUUUAUCUUUGAAUCCCAUAGAAGUAAUUCCUGUACUACCCAUGACUUUAGAAAUACUAGAUUUGUCUCAAACAAACAUAUACAGAUUUGAUUCGUUUAAAUUACCCCGGUUACAAGUACUGAGACUUAAUAAUAUGCAAAAUCUUUCUUCAGUAAAUCUGAAUGAUUUUGAAAAGUGUACAAAAUUAAAUUCAUUGUCAUUGAGAAGUUCUAAGAAAUUAAAACAGUUAACGACGUUGGCGCCGAUGGAUCACUUAUUGCCUGAGCUUCGUUACCUAGACAUUCAAGAUUGCGCUCUUGAAAAAUUGGGCAAGGAGCUGCAAUCGAUGAUUGAAGAAGUAAAAAUAUUUAAAUUCCAAAAUAACCCCUGGUAUUGUGACUGUAAAAUGGAAUGGAUACUGAUGGUUAACACAUCUCACAAUCUUAGAAACCAGAUAGUAUGCCAUUCACCAGCAUUAGUUCAAAGGAAGCUUAUAGGUGAAAUACCAGUAGAUGAGUUACAAUGCUUAUCUGAUACGUACAACUAUGCUCCUAUUUUGUGGAUUUGCAUUGUUACAGUGGGUCUUUGUUUAAUAAUAGUGAGCAUAAUAUUGAUAUUCAGAAGUUCUAUUACCAAUUGGGUUAUACGAAGAAAAACAAGUAGAGAUUCGGUUUCCUACACUAAUGUUGUAGAAUCUUCUAAUGAUCUUGUUAAAAUACUGAAUGAUAGUGAUCUUCAGGAGCGUUUUGAGGAAUGUAUAAAACCUUAAGUUUUUUUUUAAAUUACAAUUGAAACUGCAUCUCUUACAAAAGCUUCUGAAGAGGCAUCAGCAUCAUUACGGAAGAGAUGCUCGUAAUCAAAAGACGAAAAAGAAGAAGUAUUAGGCGCUGAUUAUUAUAUCAGUUAAUAAAUACAGUAACUGCAAAUGUAAAAGUAAUAGAACUUACGAUUUUGAGGUGUGUCUCAUAUGAGACUGAGAGGAUCACUUCUGAGAUUUUAUUCAUUUUUCGUUUUUUAUUGUUAUACAAAAAUGUUGUCUGACGCCGAAACUGUCAAACUUUAAGAAAAAAUAUAAUUUUACAAAAUUUUUAA